UAGAUGAAACACAAAAUUUAUGAGGUUAUGUUUACGUCAAAACAAGCUUGUUUGUUUUCUAUCGGUGUAUCUGUGUUUUCUCCAAUGAUUAUAGGAAUUAACAGUUAAUAAUUAUGGCAUCGUCAAGUAAAUUACCUGGUACAGGCUUAGAAGAAGUAGGAGUUCCAGGUCAAUCAUUUUUACGAGACGCUCUCACAAGUUGUACUGACCCCUUAAAAGCAAUAGAGGAAUUUCAACUAGAAAAUGGAAUUCUCCUUCCGUCUCUGAGACCUAUGCUGCCGCUGCUUGAUCUUCAUGGUGUUCGACGUCUUGAUUUUCAUACAUCUGUACUAGAAGAACUGCGGGACAAACUGAUAGCCCACAUCAACGAACUUGGCUCAAAAGAUGGCAAAGAACAUGACAAGAAGCUCAAGGAACUGUUAUCAAAAAGCUUUCCAGUUGUAAGAGUCAAAGCCUUGAGACCUGUAAUAAUGAGUAUCCUGAAAAAUACACCACACAUUGACGAUAAAUAUCUAAAGGUAUUGGUACGAGAUCGCGAACUUUACAAUGAUACAGACACAGAGGUGAAGAGACAGAUAUGGCAAGACAACCAAUCAUUAUUUGGAGACGAAGUUUCUCCUUUAUUAAGUCAAUAUAUUAGGGAAAAAGAGAAUGUUUUAUUUGAUCAUGAGAAUCUCACAAACUUGUUCUUUUCCCCUUCGCCAAAAGUGAGAAGGCAGGGAGCAGUUGUUCAGAAAUUAGCACAUAUGAUUGGCAACAGUGUGAAAUUGUAUGACAUGGUAUUACAAUUUCUCAGAACUUUAUUUUUAAGAACUAGAAAUGUACACUAUUGCACUCUUAGAGCUGAAUUGCUUAUGGCACUACAUGAUUUAGAAAUUCAGGAUAUUAUAUCUGUUGAUCCCUGCCACAAGUUUACAUGGUGCUUGGAUGCUUGUAUUCGAGAAAGAAAUGUUGAUAUCAAAAGAUCAAGAGAACUUCAAGGCUUCCUUGACAGUAUCAAAAGAGGUCAGGAACAAGUGCUUGGUGACUUAUCCAUGACUUUAUGUGACCCGUAUGCCAUCAACUUCUUAGCAACAUCUGCCAUUAAAAUACUUCAACAUUUAAUCAACACAGAAGGGCUUCCAAGAGACAAUACAAUAUUAAUUCUGUUAUUGAGAAUGUUAGCACUAGGCUUAAGUGCUUGGGUCAUGAUUGAUUCACAAGAAUUCAAGGAACCUAAACUUGACAGUCAAGUUGUCACCAAAUAUUUACCAGCAUUAAUGUCUUUGAUGGUUGAUGAUCAAGUCAGAGCACUACACAACAAAUUGCCACCUGAUGAAAGAGAGUCUGCGAUUACAACUAUUGAACAUUCAGGGCCACCCCCUGAUGCUUGUGAGGCUUACAUGAGAGAAAGUUCAGUUUGUGGAGUCCUUGCCAUGUACUACACACUUCACGCAGCCAAACUACGAGACCGUGGGGCCUUGCUUCGUAUUUUAAGUAUACUCGGCAGCUGUAAAGAUGGCCGAGCUUACGAAGACCCAUUCUUACAUGCUUUAGUAGCAUUACUCAUUCAACUUCCUGAUGAGUUUCAAGGCGAAGACUUCAGUACUGUACUAUUUGAUGAGUUUUUCUUUGCUGGGCUGUCCAAAGAUAAUGUAACAAGACAUCUUUUGAAACUGCUUUGGUACAUUCAUCCAAAAUUGCCAGAAACAAGAGUGCAGACAGUAAUGAAGGCUUUGCAACCGGGAACCCAGCAUAAUGAGUCUGUUCACAAGUUGCAUGAAGCCUUGUCACAAAAGAUGACAACUCAAGUUGAGCCAGUGCCUAGCACUAGUGAAAUGGAGUAUUUGGAUUCUCCCCUCAUGAGUGUACCCACUCCAGCACCUUAUCACAUGUAAAUUGGUUAAGUAUUAUUUUGUAUUUAGACUAAAAAUGAAAUUAAAAUUAUGAUAUAUUCUUUCAA